AAAAUGGCGUCCAUGUUGCUCCGCCGUCCGAUGCUCGUGCGUAGGGCGCAGCGCUCUCUGCCCAGCGCCCUUGUUUCCCGUAGCUUCAGUGACGCCGCUUCUUCCGAUGCGCCGCAGCGUCGCGUGUGCGUGGUGGGCUCGGGCCCCGCGGGCUUCUACGCGACCAAGUACCUGCUCAAGGAGCACGGCGGCGCGCGCGUGGACAUGUUGGAGGCGCUGCCCACGCCCUUCGGCCUCGUGCGCUCGGGCGUGGCGCCCGACCACCCGGAGGUGAAGAGCGUCAUGAACGACUUCGACAAGGUGGCGGCCGACGCGCGCUUCCGCUUCCUGGGCAACGUGCGCGUGGGCGAGGACGUGACGCUGGCCGAGCUGCAGCGCCACUACCACGCCGUGGUGCUGGCCUACGGAGCCGCGGGAGACCGCGAGCUGGGCGUGCCCGGCGAGCAGCUGCGUGGCGUCAUGUCGGCGCGCAGCUUCGUCAACUGGUACAACGGCCACCCGGCCUUCCGCGACCUGGAGCUGGACCUGCAGCAGGCCGACACGGCCGUCGUCAUCGGCCAGGGCAACGUGGCCGUGGACUGCGCGCGCAUCCUGACCAAGAACGUGGACGAGCUGGCGACGACCGACAUCGCCGCGCACGCCGUGGAGGUGCUGCGCAACAGCGGCGUCAAGAAAGUGUUCCUGGUGGGGCGACGCGGCAGCGCGCAGGCAGCCUUUACCAUGAAGGAAAUCCGCGAGCUGACCAAGCUGGACGGGGUCGCGUGCGUCGUGGACCCGGAGGACAUGAAGCGCAGCUUGACGCCCGCGUCCGAGCAGGAGAUCAAGGAGCAGCGCGCGCGGAAGCGCAUGAACGACCUGCUGGUCAAGGCCGCGGAGCAGUUCGGGAGCGUCGCCGACGCCAAGCGCGUCGUGCAGAUCAAGUUUUUGAGCUCGCCCGCCGAGAUCCUGCCGGAUGCGAACGAUCCGACACGAGUGGGCGCCAUUCGUGUGGAGAAGACCAAGCUGGAGGGCGAGCCCAACCAGCAGCGCGCUGUGGGGACGGGCGAGUUCGAGGACAUCCCGUGUGACCUCGUGCUGCGCAGUAUCGGAUACAAGUCGCUGCCCAUUGAGGCAGAUGCGCCUUUCGACAACCGACGCCACGUGGUCUGCAACGAGCAAGGGCGAGUUGUCACGACCUCGGACAGCGGAGAGAAGCAGCCCGUGGUGGGCUUGUACUGCACCGGAUGGGUGAAGCGCGGCCCCUCUGGUAUUAUCGGCACCAACAUCGUGGACGCACGGGAAACCGUUAGCUGCAUCGUGGAGGACUUUGCGGCAGGCAACUUCCUUCACAGCGAGGCAGGCAUUGACGAGGAAGUGGGUGGAAUGGAUGCUGUGGAGAAACUCAUUAAGACGCGUAACCCGGACAAGCAGCUCGUCAGGUGGACUGACUAUGAGCGUCUCAAUGCUGAGGAGAACCGCCGCGGUGAACUCGUGGGCAAGCCUCGUGAAAAGAUCACGUCCGUUGCGGAAAUGCUGGCCGUUGCGAAGAGUGCCAACUGAUGAUGUUCAUCACAAUAGAACAGCACGACAGU